AUGACAUCUGCACUUCAUCUUGGAUUGCGUGAGAUGGUUGGUCGGGCACUUAUCGUGGCUGCAGGGGGUGGUAGCGUGUCCCUCACAAGAGAACUGCUUGACAAUGGUGCCGAAAUAGACGAGGUGGACCCUGAUCGCGAACAGACAGCAUUACAGGUUGCAUGUUCUCAAAACCAAAUAGAGAUCGCUCAACUAUUGUUGGAUCGAGGUGCGGAUAUCGAUUGCAAGGGCAAACGUGAAAUGACUGCCUUGCAUAUGUCAUGUACGACAGAAAACGUUGAUAGUAUUCGGCUCUUGCUUGACCGGGGUGCCAAUGUAGAGGCGACAACUCUCGAGGGAUUGAAAGCAUUGCAUAUUGCAUGUGUAAAAGGAUUGACUGAAAUUGUUGGGAUUUUGUUGGAUCGAGGGGCUGACGUCAAUUCAAGACAUGAUCGUUUGUCUUUAUUGCACAUUGCAUGUGUAAAAGGAUAUUCUGAGAUCGUUGGGAUGUUGUUGGAUCGAGGGGCUGACAUCAAUUCAAGACAAGAUGGUUUGUCAUCAUUGCACAUUGCAUAUCACAAAUCGCAUUGGGAUGUUUUUGAGCUCUUAUUGGAUAGAGGUGCUGACACGGAAGUUUGGACCGACGAUGAUGUACUGACACCGCUUCACGUUGCAUCUACCCAUGGAAAUUUGGAAGCGAUGCGUAUGCUAUUGGAUCAUGGCGCCGAUACAGAGUCGAUUGCAAAUAACUGCACGCCCUUAACCAUAUCAUGUUUUCACAACAGAUUGGAGGCUGUUAGAUUGUUGCUUGAAAGAGGUGCCAAUCUGGAAGCUGCAUAUCAAGAAAAUCAAAGCCCUCUGCAUGUAGCUUGUGCACGCAAUCAGGUGGCAGUUGCUCGCUUAUUGUUAGAUCAUGGCGCGGAUAUAGAAUCUACGAUAGGUGAUGGUUGCAGCACGCCACUGAUUCUCGCGACUUCCUCCGGUCAUAUCGAGCUUGCGGAAUUGUUAUUGGAACGAGGUGCCAAUAUAGAGGCAAAAGCAGAACACAAUGCUACUGCACUGCUACUGGCUUGCACAAAUGAUAACAUCGAGAUUGUUCAGCUCUUGCUCGAUCGAGGGGCCAACAUGUCGAUUCAGGAAAACACAACUUCGCCGCUUCAUCUUGCUGUGGCGCGUGGAUCCAUGGAGAUUACCCAGCUUCUGCUGGAUCGUGGUUGCGAUCUCGAAGCAAAGUCGAAGAAUGAUAAUGAGGAUACCCCAUUGCAUACUGUAUGCGCAUUCGGAAAUCUGGAUAUUGCUCGGCUUCUUUUAGAUCGUGGUGCCGACUUAGGUGCAAAAAACAACGAAGGAUGGACACCGAUGCACUUGGCUUGUAAAUGGAAAAAUGUGCACAUUGUUCGACUCUUGUUAGAUCAUGGUGCCGAUAUCGAAGCAAAAACAUCACAAGGAAUGACCCCGCUGCACAUAUCUUGCAUUGAUGAUCUUCGGAUGACAGUGAGACUCUUGUUGAAUCGUGGCGCCAAUGUGGAGGCCAUGAACAACGACCAAAUUACGCCAUUGCACGCUUCAUGUAAAUGCGGACGUUUGGAGAUUGCUCAGUUCUUGUUGAAUUACCACCAUGCUGAUAUAGAAGCAAAGGCUAAGGACAAAUCGACACCCUUGCAUGUCGCAUGUAGAUUUGGACGACUCGAGGUUGUUCGAUUAUUGUUAAACCAUCAUGCGGAUAUAGAAGCAAAGAGCAGUGACGAAUCGACACCGUUGCAUUCCGCAUGCAGAUUUGGGCGACUCGAGGUUGCUCGCUUAUUGCUUGAUAGAGGUGCCAACUUCAAUGCAAAGACAACCAAGAAAAAAACGCCUCUGCAUUUGGCGGGGCAGUUCCGUCACUCAGAGCUCGUAUGGUUGCUUGUACAUCGAAGUCCAAUGCAGGUUGUGGAGCCGUGGUGA